AUGGGAUAAGAAAAUUCUAAUGCAAAACUUAGUUAAAAUUUCAUUGUUUUUGGAGUCAAUUUGUUAUUAGAUGAGAAGCUUAUGGGUUCUGAAUGGUAAAAAGAUUAAAGUACUAAUUAAAUAUUUAUUAUUUUAGUCAAUUCUUGUUAGGAUUUUACAUUGUAUAAAAACAUUAGUGAGAAACCUAAUCAACUUUUAUGGUGUCCAAAAUAUUGUGAAAUAUUAUAGAAUACAGUCGAAUCUAUUAUAUUAAAUAUAGAAUUCGAGGGUGUUUUAUAUGUUUUUGAACACACUUAGGAUUAAAAGGUUUUGAAUGAUCAUAGAAAAUUAUUAAAGUGGUUAAUGAGUGAAGAUUCAAUGAGAUAAUGCUCAUUAAUUCUAUUGUGUGUGUCUAAGUCAAAUGAUUUAGCUAUAAACAUUAAAUCAUAAAUGGAAAUAGAAUUAGAUCUAGAAUCUAUGGAUUCUAAAUAAGCAAGAAAUUUGAUCAUAAAAUAAAAAGACAAGGAAAGCCACUUAAAAUUUUAAAAGAUAAUAUAACAAUUGAUUAAAAUGAAGAUUGAUUCAUGA